AUGAGAUUGUACUUAACCUUUGCGAUUUUGUGUUGCUUUUACAAUGAAGCCUAUGGGAAAGUUUCUUUAGAUAUAGAUAUGAAAUUGAAAACUCUUAAUAAGCCAGCGUUGAAGACCAUCAAGAGUGAAGAUGGAGAUAUAAUAGAUUGUGUAAAUAUCCACAAACAACAUGCUUUUGAUCAUCCCGCCUUAAGGAACCACAAAAUUCAGAUGAAACCUAGUGUGGAGUUCGAUACAAAAAAGACCAAUAUUCCAAACAACGGUUCUGCUAAACCAAUCACGUCCCAGAUUUGGUCCAAAUCUGGAAACUGUCCCAUAGGGACAAUACCGGUUCGUAGAGUCAGUAGAGAAGACAUAAGCAGAGCCUCUUCACCGUCUCAUUUUGGAAGAAAAACUCCUCGUAGAUACAACUUUCUCGACAACGCACUUCAGCACAAGGCCAAUUUCAAUUUAACAGCUGAAAAACUAACCGAGCCCCGCCCAAAUAACCGAUCGGAAGCGAUCAUUGUCGCUCUAGGUUUCAAUUAUGUUGGCGCUCAAUCCGAUAUAAAUGUCUGGAACCCUCCGAGAGUUCAAGCUGGCGACUACAGCUCUGCUCAGAUCUGGCUGCUUGGUGGCUUGUCAGAUACAUUUGAGAGCAUAGAAGCUGGUUGGAUGGUGAAUCCAAACGUUUUCGGAGACUCUCGCACACGUCUCUUUGCCUACUGGACUAGAGACGCAUACACUAAAACAGGGUGCAUUAACCUCUUAUGCUCCGGAUUUGUGCAAACAACUACUAAGUUCGCAUUGGGUGCAGCCAUAGAUCCCGUUUCGAGUUUUCAUGAACAAUAUUACAUCAGCAUUAGCAUGUUCCUGGAUCCAAACAGCGGGAACUGGUGGCUAACUUGCGGAGACAACGUGAUGGGUUACUGGCCGGGUACACUCUUCAGCUCCCUCAAACACAGCGCAACCGCAGUGCAGUGGGGUGGAGAAGUUUAUAGCCCUAACGUGAUGAAGAAGCCACACACCAAAACGCCAAUGGGUAGUGGAGCUUGGGCAUAUGACCUCUUGGGCUAUGCUUGUUUCCACACCAACAUUAGGAUCAAAGACUUUUCCUUGCAGAUCAAGUAUCCUCAGCAUCUGUCCGAGUACGUUGAUGAGUAUAACUGUUAUUCUACAAAGCUCUACCGGGAAACGUACAUGUCAGAGCCGCAAUUUUUCUUUGGAGGACCUGGCCAGAAUCGUUUCUGUCCUUGA